UGGGACGAUACUGACAGUGAAGAGACCAGCGGACAUUAUCCUGCACAAAUCUUAAUGAUGGCAGAGACUCAAGACGCGCUGCGAGAAAAACAGCUAUCCAAAACGAUACGAAAAGCAAGAAUCCAUGCUUCUGAGUACGAGAAUGAAGAAGGAAGUGAGCCAGAGCAAGUGAAAUCCCAAUCAACCGUGCCGCGCAAGGGGAAGGCGGAACAAAAGAAACAGAGGAGCAGCAGGAAACUGCGAAAAGCAAAGCAUAUGCUGGAAUCCUUAAAGCCCAGCUUGAGAAUCUCAAGCAAAAAAACAAGGAGUGUUCUGGCAUUACCGCUCCCAAGAGAUAUAAACGAAACAGUGACACAGACGAGAGUGGUACAGACGACUGCCUUGUGGCAUCGUCAGAACUGGCGCUGGCCAAGAAAGAUGCCGGGCACUGGCGGCAGCGCUACAAAGAAAAGUGCCUGGAGAAUACGAGGCUUCAUGAAAUUACCAAAUCUCAACAAGCAUGCGUUGAUGGGAAGCUCCUCUCAAUGCACAAACUACUGGAGGAAGUGAGAGACCAGCCACCAGGCAAGGCUCGACUUCUGAACAAAGAACAGC